CUUGAAUCAGUUUUCUUGGACCGGAUUAGUUUACAACCGGUCCGGUCAAAGAUAGUCAAUCCAAACCAAGGUUGAAAGAUUCAUGAAGAAUUGCUUCUCGUGAUUUGAUUGCAAGUGAUUAUCCUGAGUAAGAAUUGAAGCGAAGAUCCCACGCUUUUCGGGAUAUGCUAUCCUAAAAGUUUCACAAGUCGACGAACCCUAAUGGUGUCGCGGGGCGUGACAUCGGCUAUGGGGAAGUUGUUUGAUGGGUCAUGGGAGGCAAAUUCUUUUUAUGGAGAAAACAGCUUUAGGACAAGCAAAGGAAGUUGCAGGGCAUGGUCUUAACUAUUUUCUGUAUCUUCGGGGUGCGAAUAAAGAAAUGCCGUCUCUCCUCCUGCAUACUCAUCUAAGAACACGAGCCCCGACCGUUAACAACUUGGUGGCACUGGUUGUUGGCGGAACAUGUUUGUCAUCUUGUGCAAAGAAAACAUGCUUCCGAAGACUGAAACCUAAUUCCCUGUGCUCUCUGCAAUUUUUCUACUUGAAAAGGCACACCAUGAUUCUGUUCCUUCUUUCUUUUCUGGUCAAACAAGGUUGUUGUCGUAAAGAGCACAGGAAAAAGGCAAACACCCAAAUCAUCACCAGUCCUCUGGCUCAACUUCUCCCUCCUUUUUGACUCUCUCUGUCUCUCUGUGUCUGACGGAUCCAAUUGUUCCUCUCUCUGUAUAUAGCCCACCAUCUUAGACGAUCAAUCAACCUGACUCUGUUCGUUUCUAGAGGAAACGACAUUGGAGGAAAUGUCUCGUGUUUCACCUCAUGCGAGGGCUUGAAACUGCAAAGAAGACGGUCAAGACAGAGUGCCCUAGGGACAUGGCUCAACAGAGAGAGGGAUGGCCUCUGGGGUUGCAGCCAGUGAACGUGAGGGUUGGGUUGGGGAGGAACAACAGGGAACACUCGGCUGGCUCCAUAUCUUUCAACACUCUGCUCACUGGCUCUCCCACUUCUUCCACAGACUCUUCGUCGGAUUUGGACACUGAGUCCACAGGAUCGUUCUUCCAUGAUAGGAGCAUCACGCUCGGGAGCCUAAUUGGAACUUCCACCAUGUUAGAGCUCUCUCGGAGAUCGACGAGGAUCCGAAAACCGGAGGCCAUCAAGAACAAGAAAAGCUCCAAGCCCAGAAUCUGGUUAUUCUCUCUGUGCUCAGGAGUGAGCACUGAUGUGGAGAACAUGGACAAUGCCACUGCUCAGUCGCUCGGCCAUUUCCUUGCCGUGGAGAGGAAAGCUGCCAACGAAUGUAGGAGGAUCGGCCAGAGCCCGAUCAUGUAUGGUCCCGACGAGAUCGUCAUAGCCCAACGCGAGAGCGGGGCGUCGAACUCGCUCUUCGUCGACGGCCAGGUCGCCCCUCCUAGAGCGAGUCCAGGACUGGAGGAAGGCGAUGAUGGGUACGGAGUGUCUCUAAUUCUUUGCUGCGCUUGUGGGAAUGGCACUCAUUGAAUGAUCCCGACCUUUGUGGUUUGAAUUUUGUGGUGGUGAAUUGAUUGAUUGGGUGGGAGGAGCGAAUUUGUCCUGGGGAAGUUUUCUAUCGUUA